UCAUUUAGAAAGUUUAACUGUAAAAUGUCCGUGCCAAUCAAUUUGCUAAUUGAGUGUCGGGUGGUUGAUAUUGGACGAUUGCGAUUGUCGCGUGAAGUUCUUUUCCCUAUAGGAUGUUUUAGGCGAACGACGUUUUGCGGUUGUCGUCAGUGAGACCUGUUAUGUUUACGCUUGAUUUCCCGUUCGUAACCAAAGAGUAGAAGACCAGUCAUUACACCCAUUAGGAACAGAGCGGUUUCCAUAACACCGCAACACCUUUGGGUCCCAAGGAAGGAAGAAAAAAAAAGAAGCCGGAAAAAGGGGAAGAUGCAAAGGUAGUACAUUUUAGUUAUUCUCCGGCUGAACAACUGGCCAGACGUUUAAUCCAAACAGUUCUCGUGAAAGAAAAGCAUGACUAGUUCUAUGAACAAAAAGCAGCUUUCCUGCUUGGUGGCUGGUCUAUGUUGCACUACUGCUCUCAUUGCUUUCUGCAUUUGGGCUGGUAUUGGCGGUUUUUUCGAAAGGUUUAACCAUCCCGCCGAAAAAUUGAAUCGCUCGGAAAAAAAUGUGACGGAGCCAGUGAUGUCAAUUAAAGAUAGAAGAGGAUUCAUCUUCAGUAGAUCCUCCGAUCACCCCGAAACUGUUCGAAUCGUCGCUAGUGUUGCUACAUCGAAACCGGUUCCUGUCAUUCACACCAAUUCAUCAUCGCCACGAGUUCCAUUAGCUAAAAUUCAGCGUUCGGAAACGAUGGCUACGUUAGCAAAUGAAGGAUCAAGUCAAUUGUUCCAACGGCAACAAUUCAAUCCAACUCCAAAAUCCUUUUUUGAUCUACCUGAUUCGAGGAUUUGGGGUCCUGCGUUGGUGCAGCAGAGCCGAUCUAAUAGCGAUGCUGAACGAUCUGAGCGUUUUUAUCAACCAAUGGAUGGCACCAUCAAAAACUGGGAUCAUGAUUCCUUUAACAUGAGCAAGCUUCUCAAUACCGUGAGCCGAAUAUUUGGAGUCAACUUGGAAGAAGAAGAUCCCCACGUAAAUGCCAACAGGGACGCUAUUAGCGCAGAUCGCUCAUCGUGGGUGACGUUGAGUUAUUUGAGCCUCAGCAUCUUCCUUCUUCGUCAAAUGGAUCGUAUCCUAAAAUUGCAAUCUGAGCCGUCAGAUCCUUUCCUCAUGGAGGAGCGUGGCCGGAGCAUGAACAGUGCCCUGGAACCUUGGACGUACAAUAGUCUUAACUUGCUUUUCACCGAGCCCAAUAACAACACGGACAUUGAAGGUGUAAUCAACAAUGUCGGCGAUGAAGAUUCGGCCGAUGAUUACAUUUGGGCUGCUCAUAAUAUUUUAAGAGCUUCUAAGGACUUUAGCGGAGAAGGUUUGGACUGCAUCUGGUCUGCAUACUGCACGGAAAUUGAUAACAGGGCUUCCCUAGAUGGUGUUACGGGAGCGCUAGCCAGGAUGAAUGCAGUCGUACUGAAAAUGGUGACCGGCUGGCUGAGUCCAUCGACCGCCAUGAUCAAAUUGAUUCGCUCUCCCUUUGACUGGAAUGGAAUUGAUUGCAACGAAUUAUUUCCAAAGUGUAAACCAGAAGAGGCCGUAAAUUAUUUGGUCCGGUUAGCGACUACUACAGUUUCCAAUUAAAAAAGGAUAUUAUAACGGUUAAAG